UACCGGGUUGGGCGGGUCGGGCCGGGGCGGGGAGGGGUUUGUGGGUGAGCCCUGGGUCCCCCGCCCGCUGAGGAGAUGGAUGAGGAUGGGCUUCCACUCAUGGGGUCAGGCAUAGACCUGACUAAGGUGCCAGCUAUUCAACAGAAAAGAACGGUGGCAUUUCUAAACCAGUUUGUGGUGCACACUGUACAGUUCCUCAACCGAUUUUCUACAGUUUGUGAGGAGAAAUUGGCAGACCUUUCUCUUCGUAUCCAGCAAAUUGAAACAACUCUCAAUAUUUUAGAUGCAAAGUUGUCGUCUAUCCCAGGGCUAGAUGAUGUCACAUUUGAAGUGUCUCCUGUAAGUGACACUAGGAUCACAAAUGAAACACAUUCUGAAACCACUUCAGAGCAAUCACAGCUGAACAGUUUACAAGACUCUGGACCACAGGAAAGUGAAGUAACACCAGAAAAUAUCUUAACUGUAGCCAAGGACCCAAGAUAUGCCAGAUAUCUCAAAAUGGUUCAAGUGGGUGUUCCAGUCAUGGCAAUAAGAAACAAAAUGAUAUCAGAAGGACUAGACCCAGAUCUUCUUGAGAGGCCAGAUGCUCCAGUGCCUGAUGGUGAAGGCACCUCUGAGAGGAGACAAUGUGGCAGCCAGCCAUUUCUGGCUCACACCAAGAUAUCAAGCUGGUCUACCCAUGAACAAGACCCACAUUUUCCUUCUCUGUCAUCUGGUGAGACUCCUAGGCAUUGUGAUGCAGACCAGGGAUUACCACCAUCCUGCUUAUCCUAGCAAUAAGGAGUGUGUCCAUGCCUUGCAACAGGAUGCCUUAAACAGAUGAGUAAAUCACAGUACACAAUAAAUUUUAUGGCUGAAGAAAUUAAUUCUGCGGAAAUCUCCC